AGCCAGAAACUAGACGCCCUGGAGGCGGCUUUACAGGCAGGGCAUGACCACAUCGUCUCGCAAAUCGUGCUGGAGUACAGCAUAGACCUGAAUGUACGUCUCUUUGGGUAUCAGCGGAUAAGUCCCCUUGAAUGGGCCGUGGACCAUGAGAAUCUGCGCUUGACGAUGAACAAGACGCCGGAUAGGGUGGACUUGACGCAGGCGCUUGGGCUGGCAGUUGAUCAGCGAGACGCAGCCAUGGCACGAUUACUCCUCGCCAACGGUGCGCGAUGCGACUUCGAGGACGGUGAUCGGCCUUUGCCAGAGAAUGGUCUCGACGACAGCUGCAAUUUCUACGAUACCUCAGAGCCGACGGAAUUUAUGCCUCCGCUUGUUCGGGCUGUGAAGCUGGGCGAUGUGGGAAUGGUGCGGCUGCUGCUUGAGCGUGGAAGGGCGGAUCCAAAUGUCGGUUAUCACGACCUCCGGGCAGAGGAGGGGAAGAAGGACAUUAAAUUUAGAUGCGGCAGAGUGAUUGAGUUGGCAAUGGAGCUGGGGAGGCGGGAGACGGUGAAGCUGCUGCUGGCUGCUGGAGCAGAUCUUUGCGUAGAGAAGCCUGUGUGGCGGGUUCCGGGACAUACAUGUUCGGCGGUGUCGAGGGCCUUUCAUCAGAGUCUUACGGCCAAGCUGAGGGUAGCGGAGGAAGCAGUCAAGAAAUAA